AUGGGACGGCCGGCUAGAAAAGCCAAAGAGGAAGGUGGGGACCUCGUCCAGUGUGAGAGGUGUGAACGAUGGUGUUAUUUGGAUGAAACGACAUUCAAAACCGUGGCGGAGGCGGAAGGGAACGGCUUCGUGUGCAGGCUGUGUAAGAUGAUUGAGAAUUUGGAGAAGCAGCUAAAGAGUGAAAUGGCGAGGACAAAGGAGGAACUCGAGAAAGAAAAAACGAAACGCGCAGAGUUUGAGGAAAGGGUCGAGAGGGAGUGGGCCUCAAGAAUGGAGGCUGCAGAACGGAAAUGGAGUGAGGAGCGAGAGAAAAGGCAGCAAUUGGAAAAACAAUUGAAAGAGAUGAGAGCGAGAGAAGCGGAGAGGGAGACACAGCAGGAACGGAAGGAAAAGGUAGCAGGAGGAUCGCCCAGUGGAGCAGAAUCGGGGGCGGUCACGUUGACGUGGGGACCGCGGGCGACACAGGUGCAGAGGGAUGAGACGACAGGAGGCAGAGAAGGCGAGGAGGCAGGGAAGAGCCAGCCGACAGAGACAGGAGGGAGGCAAGAUUUGCUUGAAGACCGAAAGGUCUGGGUCGUUGGAAGCUCCAACGUAUCGCGAAUACAAACAGCACUCCUCAGAACAGUGCAGUAUGACAGACGAGUGAAGGUCGAGUGUAUGCCGGGGGCUCGAUUCGAAGCUGUGGCGGAGAGAGCCAAAAGCAAACUGAAGGAAAACAGUGAGGGAAGAAACCUAGUAAUUUUGCACGCUGGGGUGAAUGACGUCCUACAGAAUAGGGGGCGAAUGCUGGGCAGGCAGAUUCAAGAGGGAGUCGCAAAAUUAAGGGCGGCCUCUGAGGCGGUGCACAUUGCCCUGUGUACUGUCCCAGAGAUCAGGGGACAGGGCCCUUUCAUUGAAGAGCAGGUAGUGGCGGCAAAUGUAGUGAUUAGGGAGUUGGGGCGAGCCCUGAAGUGUGAUGUGGUGGAGGUGAACCGAAUGAUUGGAGGGAAAAACUUCCCCCCUUUCGGCCCGGAUGGCAUCCACUACACUACACCAGCGGGAUGGCAGGUAGGAACGAGGGUGGGUCGUAGGGCUCAGGCUUUUUUGCAGGUGCGCAGGGCGACCCUGCAAGCCAAAACCUAA